UUGCUGGUGUAGCAUGAUUAUUCUCCAUUUAUUCCCAUUUUACUGUUAACAGGUACCAAGGAAAACGAACACAUGGCUGAUGUUAAUUUUACAUUGGUUACUGAGUUUAUCCUCUUGGGACUGACAGAUAGUGCUGAACUGAAAGUGGUCCUCCUUGUGUUGUUUCUGCUUAUCUAUACCAUUUCCUUAGUGGGGAAUCUAGGAAUGCUCUUUCUAAUCCGAAUAACUCCCAAACUCCAAACGCCUAUGUAUCAUUUCCUUAGCAGCCUGUCCUUUGUCGAUGCCUGCUAUUCAUCAGUCUUUGCACCCAAAAUGCUGCUGAACUUCUUUGUUGAACGAGAGACAAUCUCAUUUUAUGCAUGCAUCGUGCAGUACUUUUUUUUCGUGUCACUCCUUACCACUGAGGGCUUCUUGCUGGCUGCAAUGGCGUAUGACCGCUAUAUGGCCAUUGUGAACCCUUUACUUUACACAGUGGCUAUGACUAAAAUAGUUUGUGUUGCCCUGGUCAUUGGAUCUUGUGUAGGAGGUAUAAUCAACUCAUUGACACACACAAUUGGCUUGGUGAAACUGUCUUUCUGUGGGCCCAAUGUCAUCAGUCACUUCUUCUGCAACCUUCCCCCGUUUUUGAAGCUGUCAUGUUCCGACACAUCUAUGAAUGAAUUGUUGCUUUUAAUCUUCUCUGGCAUUAUUGCAAUGAUCACUUUCUUGACUGUGAUGAUCUCCUACACCUUCAUUGUCGCUGCGAUCCUGAGGAUCCGCUCAGCAGCAGGAAGACACAAAGCCUUCUCCACCUGUGCUUCCCAUCUAACAGCUGUGACUUUAUUUUAUGGCUCUAGAGGCUUUAGCUACACUCAAUCAAGCUCUCAAUAUUCCUUAAACAGGAUGGUGGUAUCUGUGCUUUAUACCCUGGUGAUUCUGAUGUUAAACCCAUUGAUUUAUAGCCUAAGAAACAAGGAAGUGAAGGAUGCUGUGAAAAGGGCCCUAGAAAUGAAAUAUAUCCCUUGUUAA